GAGACAGGCUGGGGUCGGCCAUGGUAUGAUAGAGCACUCGGGGCAUGUUAUGAAGCAGACUUCCUCCUGGGAGAAGAUCGGAGGUGGAGGCAGCCCCUGGGGACAGCCAUCAUUCUGAGCACCUAUUCCAGUGCCUCCUGACACUCUGCUAGCCCCAAACCACCAACUGGACAGGGUCCCAAGGGUGUCCUCAUGCAGUGGCCACCAUAGUGAGAUCCCAGUCAGUCUGGGCAUCUGUUGAGGGCCGGGACUGGGAGGUCAAAGCAGGAGUGACUCAGAUCUUUAGCAGAGACUCAGCACAACUCACAGACAAGAGCCGGGGGCUGGGGCUGGGAUAUGUCUCAGUGGGUGGAGUGCUUGCUUAGUAUACAGAAGGCCUUGGGGGGUCAGCCCCCAGCUCCACUUAAACUGAGUGUGGUCCUCUGUGCCUGUAAUCCCAGUGCUCAGGGGAAGAAGGAUAAAUUCAAGGUCAUCCUCAUUUACAGGUGAGAUUUGAGGCCAGUGUACCUUGUUCUAGGAUUGUUUAAGUUGUGUGUGUGAGUGCAUGCUUGCAUGUGUGUCUUUGUGUGUCUGUGGAAGUCAGAGGCAGACCUCGGAGUUGCGCCUGUCUGUGGUGGGUCUCACUGAUUAGGGUCCACCGGCAGGCCCACAAGCUCCCAGGAUCUUUCUGUGUUCACCCCCAAAGCCGAGGUUUCAAAGUAACACACGCCAUCACACCUGACAUUUUAUUUUAUUUUAUUUUUAAAGAUUUAUUUUAUUUAUAUGAAUACACUGUAGCUGUCUUCAGACACACCAGAAAGAGGGAUGGUUGUGAGCCAUCAUGUGUUUGCUGGGAAUUGAACUCAGGACCUCUGGAAGAGCAGUCAGUGCUCUUAACCGCUGAGCCAUCUCUCCAGCCCAUUUUAUUUUAUUUUUAAUAUGGCUGCUGGAGAUUGAACUCCAGUCCUCAAGUUUGUGUGCCAAGCACUUACAGAGUGAGCCAGCCACACAAUAUAGGGUUUGUUGUUGUUGUUUGCUCAGCAACUUGGGUGGGUGAGGCAGGAGGAUGGCAAAUGCCUGGCCAACUUAGACUACAGUUAAGAUCCUGUUUUAACAAGAAAACACUGGUUUUGAAGUAAUAGCAAUAACAACAAGGCUAAGUACAUUUUAAAAGCCAAUCGUCUGCAAACCAUGCUGCUGUUUGUCUGUUUGUCUGUCUGUCCAUUCAUCCGUCUGUCUGUCUAUCUAUCUAUCUAUCUAUCUAUCUAUCUAUCUAUCUAUCUAUCUAUCUAUCUAUCCGUCCAUCUAUCCACCCACCCAUCCAUCCACCUAUCCAUCCAUCCAUCCAUCCAUCCAUCCGUCCGUCCAUCUGUCCAUCCAUCCAUCCAUCUACUUGAGGUGCAUGUUGGAGUCAGAGGACAAGACAACCUGUGGUUCUCUUCUUCCCCCAUGUAGGGUCGGGGGUUGAGCUAGGUCUUCAGGCAUGGCAGCAGGGGCCUUUGUUUACUCACCCAUCUCCUGAAGCCUUUGUGGUUGUUCUUUAGAGAAGGCAAACUCACUAUUUGGUUUCCCACUGCAGACUAGAAAUGUAUGAGUUCAUCAUAGUUGCAAGAACUCUUGUGGGGCAGAGCUGGUACCAAGUUCCAAGCCUGAGGAUCAGACUCAAGACAGCGGCCAUUGGCCUUCCCCAGUCAGAGGCUCCACCUGAGUGAGCCAGCCCUAGGUGAGCGGCAAAUACUGCAGAAGGCAAGGAAGAGUGUCAGGCCUCCAUGCAAAGGGCUCUCAGGCCAGGCAGGGAACCAGAGAAGAAUUACACAGUUUGGGCACAUUUUGUAAUCCAAUAGAACUAGGACUUUUUAUUUAUUUACUUAUUUGCUUGCUUGCUUAUUUAUUUAGCCCAGGCUGGUCUGAAAUUGACUAUAUAAAACUAUUGGUCUGGGGGGGGGGAAUUAGAGGAAGGAUUGAAAGAGUUGAAGGAUCUUGCAACCCCAUAAAAACAACAAUGCCAACCAACCAGAGCUUCCAGGGACUAAACCUCUACCCAAAGACUAUACAUGGACUGACCCGGGGCUCCAACUGCAUAGGUAGCAGAGAAUAGCCUUGUUGGGACACCAGUGGAAGGGGAAGCCCUUGGUCCUGCCAAGGUUGGACCCCCCAGUGCAGAGGAAUAUAGGGGCAGUAAGGGGGAUGUAUGGGGGGAAUACCCGUAUGCAGGAGGGGGAGGGGAGGGGAUGGGGGAUUAUGGACAGGAAACUUGGAAGGGGAAUAACAUUUGAAAUGUAAGUAAAGAAAUAUAUCUAAUAAAAAAUUUAAAAAUUGUAUUAAGAAGACGGGAUAAAAAGAAAAAGCAAUUGGUCUCAUGUGCUCACUUCAGCAGCACAUCCUCUAAAAUUGGAAUGAUACAGAAAAGAUUAGCAUGGCCCCUGUGCAAGGAUGACACACAAGUUUGUAAAGCAUUCCAUAUUUAAAAAGAAAAAAACAACUGGUCUCAAACACUGGCCUCUAACUCCUCAGUGCUGGGAUUACAGAUGUAUGUUAACAGCAUGCACACAUGCACAGGGUGGUCUCAGUCUUGCUGUGUAGCCAAAGAUUAUAUUGAACUUUUUUUUUUUUUGCUUUAUUUUCUUUCGUUUUUGUUUUCUGAGACAGGGUUUCUCUGUGUAGCCCUGGCUGUCCUGGAACUUUGCUCUGUAGACCAGGCUGGCCCUGAACUCUGAGAUCCACCUGCUUCUGCCCCCCCUGAGUGUUGGGAUGAAAGGCAUGGGUCACCACCUCCACCUCCUUGAAUUCCUUGUCUUUCUCCUUCACUUCCAGUGGGCUGGGAUUUCAGCCGUUCAUAACCCUGCUUGGUUUACGUGGUGCUGGGCACCCUACCCAAGGCUUCCUGCUGGCAAGGAUAACAUUGUACUCACAAAGCCACAUCCCCUGCUCUAGGUUUUGGUCUCAAGUCUGGGAAUGGUCAAGUCUUUGAAUGGCUUGCUUCUCUGAGACUUAGCAUUUGCUCAUGUGAAACAGGGGACUUUGGGGGCCCAAGGAGACUGUGCCAUGAGGGAAUGCUUGAGUCUGGACCAGGGCAGGCUGGCCUGGCCCCAGAUUUUGGAGACAUUGAGUUGCUGAGCUGCCAUAGCACAGGAGGGGUUAAUGUGAACGCUGAGCCAGGGGUGGGACACGAACCCCACAGAUCUGCUUUCUGACAGGCAGCAUGAACCUUCAGAGGAGUCAAGGCUCCCUCAAUUGUUUAUGGAGUUAAGAUAUAAGGGGUUGGGGAUUUAGCUCAGCGGUAGAGCGCUUGCCUAGGAAGCGCAAGGCCCUGGGUUCGGUCCCCAGCUCCGAAAAAAAAAAAAAAAAAAAAAAAAGAACCAAAAAAAAAAAAAAAAAGAUAUAGAUUUCAGGGCUGUGGAUGUAGCUGGGGAAACAACUGUUUCCAAACUCCACUCCUGCCCUGAAGUGUUCCUUUCUGAAGAGCGCCCAGAACUCCAAAGUCCCCCAAACAAUGAUAGGGAUCCUGGACUCUCAGGAUUUCAAAAUACCAAGGACAGAAAGUUUCAAUCACGGUUUUCAGAGCUUCCAGUGUAGCUACAGAAAAUAAUCAUCUGGGGUCCAGAGAUGUGGACUCACCUGCUUGAGGUCACACAGGCUGAGGGAAGAGUCUGGAGACCAGAUCUAUGUAGAUGAUGAUGGUGGUGGUGAUGAUGAUGGUGGUGGUGAUGAUGAUGAUGAUGGUGGUGGUGGUGAUGAUGAUGACAACGAUGGUGAUGUGAUUAGUCUCAUGUCUCCCAGACUGGCCUUGAGUUUACCAUGUAGCCAAAGAUGAUCUUGAACUUGUAACAUUCCUGGUUUCACCUUCUGAGUGUUGAGAUUACAGGUGUGAGCCACCACGUCUUGUUUAAGUGCUGGGGCAUGUACAUGCUGGACAAGCAAACAUUCUACCAACUAAAGGGGUCCAGAUUUUGAUUCCUUGUGGGCUGGCAUUGGAUUCAGUGCAUAACCCUCAGGGCAAGCAGUCUAAGAGGCCCAAGUCCAGGUUUUGUGAUACCCAGUUAGGACACAGUAGGGGGUCUUUACUGGAUUAUUAUCGGUACCAGGAAACUUUUGUUGUUGUUGGGCUUGGUGACACGCACAAAGUUCGACACAGGUCUUCACCGUGUAUUCCAGUCAUCUCCAAACAAGCCAGUCGGGGUUUAAAGAGAAGGGCCCAGGGUGGGAAGCCCCACAAGUUAGAGAGGCAGGUGAGCGGCGCUUGGCGCUUUAACAGCCUUUGGAGUGUGGCACAGUCAGAAUCAGCCAGCCAGUCUAACCCUGCCAUUCUCAAUUAGAGAUGAGAAACCCAAAGCCACAAAGGAUUGGGUUAGACAUGGGGAUUUGUGUAGCUUUAGAUCGAAUUGAAUUCAGAGUCCCUGCCGGCUCCGGGUCCGGAGAGGUGCGAGAGUAGGGAAAAGCAGGAGGCUCUCCGCACCGGCCCGGGGUCCCUACUCCACCCCAUUGCCCUGGGUGGCAUCCCUCUUAGCAGGUCCUGGGGAACCCGCACAGGGGAAUGGGGUGGUAGUGGAGGGAGGAACAAUGGUCCCCUCCCCUCCCUCUCUUCCCUCCCCUCCCUCCCCAGCUGGCUGGAGGGUGGGGUCUCCCCGCCCCGCCUCCCUGCUCCUCCCCCGACCAGGCGAUGAGGUAAUCGCGCCGCUGAGAGGCACGCGCAGCCGGUGCCCAGCCCGGUCGGUCCCCGCGCCCCUGCCCCUUCGGCCGUCACCCCCGGUACGCUCGGGGGACCCGGGUCUCUCGGCCGCACCAUGACCGAGCGUUGUAGCCUGUGGAGUGCGCUGUCCGCCGCCGCCUGCUGCUUCUACCGUGGCUCGCUGGUACAGGUGCAGUUCUCCAAGGAGAAGUACAUUCUCGACUCCUCGCCAGAGAAGCUGCACAAGGAGCUGGAGGAAGAGCUGAAGCUCAGCAGUACAGACCUCCGCAGCCAUGCCUGGUAUCAUGGACGUAUCCCUCGUGAGGUCUCCGAGACCCUGGUGCAGCGGAACGGCGACUUCCUCAUCCGUGACUCUCUCACCAGUCUGGGGGACUAUGUGCUCACGUGCCGCUGGCACAAUCAGACCUUGCACUUCAAGAUCAACAAGGUGGUGGUGGAGGCUGGCGAGAGCUACACCCACAUCCGGUACCUCUUCGAGCAGGAGAGCUUCGACCACGUGCCCGCCCUUGUGCGCUAUCAUGUGGGCAGCCGUAAGGCCGUGUCCGAACAGAGUGGGGCCAUCAUCUACUGCCCCGUCAACCGCACCUUCCCACUGCGCUACCUCGAGGCCAGCUACGGCCUGAGCCAGGGCAGCAGCAAGGCUGCCAGCCCAGCCAGCCCCUCAGGCCCCAAGGGCAGCCACAUGAAAAGACGCAGCGUUACCAUGACUGAUGGGCUCACCUCUGACAAGGUCACCCGCGGAGAUGGCUGCCCCAACAGCACCUCACUACCCCAUCCUCGAGACUCCAUCCGAAACUGCGCCCUCAGCAUGGACCAGAUCCCAGAUCUACACUCUCCGCUGUCUCCUAUCUCCGAGAGUCCCAGCUCCCCUGCCUAUAGCACCGUAACCCGCGUCCAUGCUGCUUCUGCUGCCCCCUGUACAGCACAGCCCGCCUCCCCAGUUGCCCGCCGCUCCAGUGAACCUCAGCUAUGUCCUGGAGGUGCUCCAAAGCCUCCUGGGGAGUCAGACAGGGGCCCUCACGCAAGCCCGUCCCACACCCUCUGCAAGGCCUCGCCAUCACCGUCACUCAGCAGCUACAGUGACCCAGACUCUGGCCACUAUUGUCAGCUCCAGCCUCCUGUGCGCUGUAGCCGAGAGCCGACAGCAGGAGAGACCCCCCGGAAGGCUCGGAGCUCUGCAGAGAGGCAAAAGGAACUGUCAGAAAAUGGAGUCCCUGAGGGGGAGUGGGGCAAGACCUUCACAGCCCCUGUAGCAGAAGCCACCUCAUCUUUCAACCUGGCUACCUUCCAGUCCCAGCUGAUCCCCAAGGAGAACCGGCCUCUGGAGGUGGGCCUGCUGCGCAAAGUCAAGGAGCUGCUGUCGGAGGUGGAUGCCCGGACGCUGGCCCGGCAUGUCACCAAGGUUGACUGCCUGGUUGCUAGGAUACUGGGCGUUACCAAGGAGAUGCAGACCCUAAUGGGAGUCCGCUGGGGCAUGGAGCUGCUCACCCUCCCCCAUGGCCGGCAGCUAAGACAAGACCUGCUGGAAAGGUUCCACACCAUGUCCAUCAUGCUGGCGGUGGAUAUCCUGGGCUGCACAGGCUCUGCGGAGGAGCGGGCGGCGCUGCUGCACAAGACCAUCCAGCUGGCAGCUGAGCUGCGGGGGACGAUGGGCAACAUGUUCAGCUUCGCUGCUGUCAUGGGCGCCCUGGAGAUGGCCCAGAUUUCAAGGCUGGAGCAGACGUGGAUGACUCUGCGGCAACGACACACGGAGGGUGCCAUUCUGUAUGAGAAGAAACUCAAGCCUUUCCUCAAGAGCCUGAACGAGGGCAAAGAAGGCCCGCCAUUGAGCAACACCACCUUUCCACACGUGCUGCCCUUCAUUACCCUGCUGGAGUGUGACUCCGCCCCCGCCGAGGGCCCUGAACCUUGGGGCAGCACAGAACAUGGUGUGGAGGUUGUGCUAGCCCACCUGGAGGCUGCCCGCACUGUGGCACACCACGGGGGCCUCUACCACACCAACGCUGAAGUCAAGCUGCAGGGGUUCCAGGCCCGACCGGAGCUCCUGGAAGUGUUCAGCACAGAGUUCCAGAUGCGUCUCCUCUGGGGCAGCCAGGGUGCCAACAGCAGCCAGGCCUGGCGCUAUGAGAAGUUUGACAAAGUCCUCACUGCCUUGUCCCACAAGCUGGAACCUGCCAUCCGCUCUAGUGAACUGUGACCCCGGAGAUCUUGCCUCUCUGCAGCUGCUGACAGCAUCGGGGGCAGAGGGGCUCAGGACAUUUCCUCCAGAGCACCACAGGGACACUGUGACCAGCCCAAGAAUGUUCUGGGUUCAAAUCCAGGAUCUCUCUUGCACUUCCAGGGUCUUGAAUGGACUCUGAGCUCCACUCUUCCACCACACGUGCACCAAGUCUCCCUUCCAAAGGGACAGGAACCUCUUCUCCUCCCGCCGGCUUUCGGCUUUCGCUGGCUCCCAUUUUGCCGAGGUUCCCUGUUUUUGAGCCAUGGGAGGCUCCCCACCCCUCUUCCUUCCUCCCGGCAUCUAUGCCUAGAGGUGCCACGGCCUCUAUCUUACUGUAAAUAAGCCUGGUGUACAUGUAUGUACAGAAGCCAUGAUCUCUUUCAUAUAAUAAACUUUAAUGACUCUU